GUCGAUGAGGUGAUAGCCUCUUUUGGAUUGUUUGGCAAAGGCUUUAGAAACAAACAAUCCGAUAGCGGAAAGCCGCAGAAGUUCUACUACACACCAGGAGGAUCAUGACGCUGGAAAGCCCGCCAGUCCUUACAAUCGCGGGAAGCGACUCCAGCGGGGGGGCAGGCAUACAAGCAGACCUGAAAACAUUCACUGUUCACGGAUGCUACGGUGCAAGCGUAACUACUGCUCUGACUGCUCAGAACACCACUGGUGUGCAAGCGGUGCAUGGAGUACCUCCUGACUUCGUACAACAGCAGAUAAGCUCUGUCCUGGACGAUAUUGACGUCAAGGCAAUCAAGACUGGUAUGCUUUUUGAUACCGAGAACACAAAGGCAGUCGCACAGAUGCUCAAGGGCUACUUUGAUGCCAAGGGGCCCAUCCCUUUAGUCUGUGAUCCUGUUUGUGUCUCUACCUCCGGUCAUGCUCUCUUGCACCCAGAUGCCGUGGAUACCCUUAUAGACGAACUCUUCCCUCUUUCGGACCUCAUAACCCCCAAUAAAGCAGAAGCGGAACUCCUCCUCAAACAACGCGAUUUUCCUUCUCACAUUGCAAAUUUACAAGACAUGAUCAGCGCUGCUCGACGGCUGAGGACAUUUGGCUCACAAGCUGUGCUCGUGAAAGGCGGUCAUUGCGUCGUUUCUCUAAAAGAUCUUGCAAAUGUUUCCUCUGACGACACACAGGUGAUUCGAGACGAUCUUCUGGACGAGAACACGAAUAUCCUCCGGGUUCAUGGAAGGACUGAAAGACACGUAGACUCACUCGUAGUAGAUGUGCUUUGCACAUCCGAUAACCGCAUCACCAUAUUUGCUAGGACUAAACUAGAAUCAACAAGUACCCAUGGCACUGGCUGUACGCUGAGUGCUGCGUUGGCAUGUCAGCUUGCGAGGGGUACACCGCUGACUGAAGCCGUAAGGCUUGCGGCUGCUUAUACUCAUGUUGGAAUUGAUACCGCUAUUCCGAUCGGGAGUGGCUUUGGCCCUCUGAACCAUAUCCAUUCAAUCACUCCACGCCUCGUCUCUCCGCGAACCAAGACGAACCCAUACCCACUCACAAGUUCUCUUAUACGGAGUUCAAAGGUAAUUUGGAAAGAGUAUGUUCAACACGAGUUCGUAGUACUACUGGGCAAGGGUACCCUUCCUAAGGAAAACUUCCUUCACUUUAUCAAACAAGAUUAUCUUUAUCUCAAAUAUUAUGCUCGGGCGUACGCACUCCUUGCAGCCAAGUCGCAUGCCUAUGCACCCAUAUCGGCAGCUAUCGAUGUGGUUUUUAGCAUAGUUCAAGAAAGCUCGAUGCAUAUGGGUUAUUGUGCCGAGUGGGGUAUCACAGAAGACGAACUGAUCAACACCCCCGAGUCUCCCGCCCUGACGGCUUAUGGGGCUUUCCUCAUUGACACCGGACUGCAGGGUGAUUUUAUGAAGAUAAGCGUCGCCCUUGCCGCCUGCCUGCUUGGUUACGGAGAAGUUGGCCUGUGGCUCAAGGAAGAGGCCCAAGCACCCGACUCAUGGGUCCAAUGGGAGGGGAAUCCAUACCUUAAGUGGAUGGAGGAUUAUUCAGGCGACGUGUAUCAAAAGGCAGUGAAAGCUGGACUAGAGACGCUCGAAAGCCGCGCAGCGGCGGAUGCGCCUUCGCUUAUCAGGUUCAAAGAUUGGCAAGAUGUUUGGGAAAGGUGUACGCGACUGGAGAAGGGUUUCUGGGAUAUGGGGAUGAGUCUUGAGUAACCACACUUGUUGAAUGUCUUCCCAAGUGAUGUCGCCAGUCUGACCAUAAUGGUACUGCUGCAAAGAUGUCUCAUCCAUG